AUGAGCCAGCCAACUAUUGUCUUCUCCCUCGGCGCGUGGUCUACCCCCGCUGUCUUCGAUGCCGUCCGCUCUCGCCUCAACACCUUCGGCUUCGACUCCGAGUGCCCUGCUCGUCCCUCUGUGGACGGUGAGCCGCCACUGAAGACGUUCGAAGACGACGUUGCCUCAUUGCGCAAUGUCCUGACCCGUCUUUCUGAAGAGGGGAAUGACAUCGUCGUUGUCGCUCACUCGUACGGCGGUAUGGUAGCGUCUUCCGCCGUCGAAGGGCUCGCCAAAGAAUUCGGGGGCAGAGUGAUCAAGGUGAUCUACCUAGCUGCCUUUGCGCUCGACAAAGGGCAGAGCUUACUGGGACUACUGGGUGGGAAUUUGCUGCCUUGGAUGAAGCUUGAGGUUAGUCAGUCGCUACCCACUCCAUGUCUGCGAUUAUGGUAUAUUUACGCUGUAAUGUCCCAGGGCGACUACGUGCAUACCGAUAACUCCACGAUCUGGCACGACCUAUCUCCAGCUGAACAGGAACUCUGGGCCGCGAGAGCGCGUGGAACUUCGCGCCUUGUCUUCUCUGGAGAAAACACCUACGAGCCCUGGCGAGAUAUCUCAUGCGCCUACAUUAUCUGUGAGGAGGACUUGGCUCUUCUACUGCCCCUCCAAGAGAUGCUUGCCGAGAAGGUUGGUGGGCCAGAGAGGACUUUUCGCCUUCCCGGCGGGCAUUCGCCGUUCUUGAGCAUCCCUGAUCGUAUGGCAGAUCUUCUGGUGGAUAUUAUCAAGGCAUGA